AUGGAGAGAACAAAUGUUUUCAUCUUUUUCCUGCUCAUCCAAGUAAUCUCAGCCGCAAGUGUAGACAAGAGCACAUAUCAAGAGACAUUCACCGACAUCAAUGAAACAAUCUCUCGGACGUAUCAGAAAGAGGAAGCGAACAACACAUUGAGCGCAUCAAACUUCACUCUGAAGGCCCCUGGGCAGAGUCCCAGUCCUCAUCCAAUGUGAUCAGGGCCAACAAGGAUCAAAGUGGUGUUCAAAUACAUCAACACGCUGGUGUCUUGUUUUGUUUUCAUCACCGGAAUGACAGGCAAUCUGGCACUCCUCAGAAUUAUUUAUGAGAACAAGGGCAUGAGAAGUGGACCUAACAUUCUAAUCGCCAGUCUUGCUUUGGGAGAUCUCAUACAUAUUGUGAUCGCCAUACCUGUCAAUGCUUACAAGCUUCUGGCUGAGGAUUGGCCAUUUGGUGUGGCAAUUUGUAAAUUAGUGCCUUUCAUUCAAAAAACAUCUGUUGGAAUAACAGUCUUGAGUUUAUGUGCACUGAGCAUAGACAGAUACCGCGUUGUGGCCUCACGAAAUCAUAUCAGAGGCCUUGGUGUUCCGAAGUGGACAGCGGUGAAACUGACUUUAAUAUGGAUCAUAUCCACAUUCCUUGCUGUGCCUGAGGCUGUGGGAUUUAAUAUGAUGGCAAUGGACUAUAAAGGGAGGCAUCUUCGGAUAUGCCUCCUUCAUCCAAUACAGUCAUCCCAGUUCAUGCAGUUUUAUAAGAGCGCAAAGGAUUGGUGGCUCUUUGGAAUCUAUUUCUGUAUGCCGCUGGCUUGCACUGCACUGUUUUAUACACUCAUGACCUGUGAGAUGCUGAAGAAAAGUAGGACACAGAUUGGUUUUAAUGACCAUAUCAAACAGAGAAGAGAGGUGGCCAGGACUGUGUUCAGUUUGGUGCUGGUAUUUGCGGUUUGUUGGCUGCCGUUACAUCUCAGCAGAAUCUUGAAACUAACUAUUUAUAAUCAAAAGGAUCCCCAUCGAUGUGAUUUAUUGAGUGCCUUCCUUGUCCUGGAUUACAUUGGCAUCAACAUGGCCUCUGCAAAUUCGUGCAUGAACCCAAUUGCUUUGUACGUUGUGAGCAAGAGAUUCAAGGCACAUUUCAAGGCCUGUCUGUUUUGUUGGAACACAUCUUCCCAGACACUAGCACCAGAUGAGAAGCAGACCUUGGAGAAGACCAAGGUCAACGGACAAGCCCCAGAGCGAAGCAAGGCCUGA